UCCUUCGCCAGAGUAAAGUGAAUCUGUCUCUGGGUCAACUACUUCCUGUCUCCCCACGCUCUGAACCUCCUUAGGGUUUGUACGGUCGCUGACACAGCCACGAAGGAAAGACGAUUAAGGAUCCAAUUGAAAGACAUAAGAUGGGUAACCUCUGUUGCAUUCAAGUUGACGAGUCCACAGUAGCUAUUAAGGAGAGAUUCGGCAAGUUUGAAGAAGUACUGGAACCUGGGUGCCAUUUUCUUCCUUGGAUUCUCGGAUAUCAGCGAGCUGGCAAUCUCUCACUCCGAUCGCAGCAGUUGGAUGUGAAUUGCGAAGCCAAGACCAAGGACAAUGCAUUUGUCUAUAUUGUUGCAUCUGUGCAAUACCAAGCCCUUGCAGAUAAAGCAGUUGAUGUCUUCUACAAGCUCAGUGACACAAGGAGUCUGAUCAAGACCUAUGUGAUCAGUGUGACCAGAGCUAGUGUUGCCAAGCUAAACUUGCAAGACACUUUUGAGCGGAGGAAUGAAAUUGCCAAAGCUGUUGAUAAAGAGCUUGAAAAGGCUAUGUCUGACUAUGGGUACGGGGUUGUGCAGACCCUCAUCGUUGACAUUAUGCCGCAUAUGCUCAUUAAGGAAGCUAUGAAGGAAAUUAAUUCUGCAAACAUGAAGGCUGUAGCAGAAAAGAUUCAGCAAAUUAAGAGAGCUGAAGGCAAGGCUGUGUCCAAGAACCUUCCUGGGCUGAGUAUUGCUCCCCAGCAUCAGACCAUUGUGGAUGGCUUGAGAUAUAGUGAGCUUGGCUUCUCAGAGAAUGUCCCACAAGAAACUGCAAAUGACGUCAUGGACAUGGAUAUCGUGACCCAAUACUUUGACACCAUGAGAGAAAUCAGCGCAGCACACGCAAUGCUUUCGUCAGAAAAUAAUCUGAAAUUAGGGUAGAAGUGGUCAAAAUGGACUUCUUAUGUCUGGUCGUGAUUGUGUCCUGACUGCGUCCCAUGUCAGUAUGAAAAGAUAUGAAUGACUCAUUUUAUCUUUGUAAUUAUUUUCUAUGCCAUGAUUGUGCACUAGCUC